UCAGACCUCACUUUUCAAUUCGCUCCGAUGGCAUCUCCUAUCCUCAAGAACAAGCGCGGCAUCACCCUUGGCGACAAGAUCCAAGACUUCAGCUUCGAGUCGACUCACGGCCCUCUGACCCUCUCCGAGCACUUCAACGGCGGGUGGGGUAUCUUGUUCUCGCAUCCUGACGACUUCACCCCCAUUUGCACGACCGAGCUCGGCGAGUUGGCGCGCUUGGACAACUUGGGCGAAUUCAGCCGCCGCAACGUCAAGGUAAUUGGCUUGUCGUGCAAUGACGUGGAGAGCCAUAAGCGCUGGAUUGAAGACAUCAAGGCGUACUCUGGUGAGGACGUGCACUACCCUAUCAUCGCCGACAAGUCGCGUGAAAUCGCCGUCGAGCUUGGCAUGUUGUCCUCGGACGACCUGGACAAAGCCGGUUUGCCAUUGACUGUGCGCUCGGUAUUUGUGAUCGGACCGGAUCUUGCUAUCAAGCUCACUUUGACGUACCCUGCGUCCACCGGCCGCAACUUUGUGGAAAUUCUGCGCGUCGUCGACUCUCUCCAGCUGACGUCGUACCAGUCCCUCGCCACCCCUGUGAACUGGGUCAAGGGCGAAAAGGCGUGCAUUGUGCCGUCCGUGUCCAACGAAGCUGCGACGGAAAAGUUCCCCAAAGGGUUCAAAAUUGUCGAUUUGCCGUCGGGCAAGGGCUACCUUCGCUUCACCCCCGACCCGUCGGCGUAAAUACUAAUGUCAUGCAACUUAUCUGUGUCA